AUGGAUAAAAAAAUAAAGGCUGCUCAGCUGAAAAGGAGAAUAGCGGUCGAAAAUAUAAGUGCCCUCGAACGGUUCCAAGCGCAGUUUUCGGGAGAUGACGCCAAGCAAAUCCCGGAGGCGUUAGAAGACUUGGAACGUCAUAAGGAAGGGUUCUUCGCCGCGGUAUCGAAGCUGGAAGAGCUCGACGACAGCAAUGAGGCGAUCGAAGCGUGUAUUAUGGAGAGGAUCAACAUCGAGGAGCGGUGUAGGAAGCUCAAAUCCUUCCUACGGGAUAACCUUCGACGGGAGGAAGGUGCACUAAAUGAUACAUCGGCUUUGGCUUCUCCGACGCUUGCGUUUGGUCGGCCAAACGCACCGCAUCUACGCCUUCCGAAGAUCGAGUUGCCAUCCUUCGAUGGCGACCAAACGAAAUGGCUAUCUUUUCGCGACCGCUUCAUCGCGAUGAUCGACGCUUCACCGGAGCUUCCUUCAAUUGCGAAGCUCGAGUAUUUGCUGUCGGCGUUAAAGGGGGAAGCGGCGCUUCCCUUUGAGCACACCCAAUUAACGGCGGACAAUUAUUCAGUGACUUGGGCGGCGCUACUCAAACGAUAUGAUAAUCCGCGUUUACUAGUGCGUGAAUACUAUCGCAAGUUGCACUAUCUUCCGGCAGUGCAAUCGGAGAGUGUAGAAAAGCUUACUUGCUUAGUGGACGAAUUUUCGAGAUAUGUGAACGGUUUUGUGAAGCUAAAUGAGCCGGUGGAUUCAUGGGACACGCCAUUAUCCAACAUGCUACUAAUGAAGUUGGAUCGUGCGACACUUUUAGCGUGGGAAAAACAUUCAGUGCACUUUCCAAAGGACCGCUACAAGGAAGUGAUCGCGUUUGUGCAAGACAGAAUACAAAUCCUGAAAUCAACGAACAACUUCACAAGUGAUACAAACGAUAGUGCGAGUAAGGUGGCCGGCACAUUUCGAUCUUCAGCGUCACGUAGAUCGAUUGCACAAGCGGCUUCUUCACGACCAUUUCCCCCUAGUGCUCCGACCCACAAGUGUCCUUUGCAGUGUGUCGACAGUCACCUUCUAAGGAGCUGUCCGGUGUUCACCGGUAAGGAUGUGAAUCAGCGUCGUGAAAUCGUGUCAUCCAAGCACCUGUGUUGGAAUUGUUUGAGUGAUUCCCACCAGGUGAAGGCUUGCAAAUCGGACUAUGCUUGCCGUACAUGUCGUCAGCGGCAUCAUACGCUGCUACAUGUUCCUGCAAGUUCAACGGUGGCGAUGACACUGCAAGACAAUGCUGGGAUGGUGUUUUUGGAAACGGCGCUACUUAACAUCGUGGACGAUUACGGUGUGAGACAUGAAGCAAGGGCGCUGCUCGACUCGGGUUCUAUGUCGAACUUCAUCUCCGAGUCGCUGGCUCGGAAGAUGCUCGGAACACCUCGGAACAAGGUAAAGGUGUCGGUCACGAGCAUCGGAAACAACGUGCAACUAGUGAAAGGAUCGAUCUUUGCAUCCGUGGAAUCUAGGAGCCACGCGCAUGCUUCUCAGCUCGAGUUGCUCGUUGUUGACACCCCUUUCCUGCACAUUCCAACGGCGUCCAUUGACGCGUCGUCGUGGAAAAUCCCUGAUUUGCCACUUGCGGACCCGUCCUUUUAUGAGCCUGGCAAGAUCGACAUCAUCAUCGGAGGAGACACGUAUUGGGAGCUCCAUUCUGGCCGAAAACGUUCCCUCGGCAAGGGAAAACCGUGGCUUGUAGAGACCCCAUUCGGUUGGGUCGUCGCUGGCAACGUAUCACCAGGUGCAUCGCAUGAAUCGCGUUUGUGCCACCUAUCGACCAGCAGUUCAUCUUCCAUGGAUUCCAUAAUGGAGCGUUUCUGGGAAAUCGAAACGAUCAGCGAUGAUCCGGCAGUGUCAGCGGAAGAGGAUGCCUGCGAGAAACAUUUCGUGGCCACUACAACCAGAGAUGCUUCGGGCAGGUAUGUUGUUCGUUUACCGCAAAAUACUAAUCCUAGUAUCGUUUUAGGAGUGUCGAAGGCGAUCGCUGAUCGUCGGCUCCUAGCGGUGGAACGACGUUUAAGGUCCAACCCUACAAUGAAGGAAGAGUAUAGCAGUUUUAUGAAGGAGUACGAGCGUCUAGGCCACAUGAAAAGACUUACCGGUCCUGUUGAUGAUUCAUGUGAGCAUUACUACCUCCCUCAUCAUGCGGUAGUAAAGGAAACGAGCACAACCACUAAGGUCAGAGUAGUGUUUGAUGCAUCGUGCAAAUCAUCAUCUGGAUACUCGUUGAACGAUAAACUAUUGGUUGGACCCGUCAUUCAAGACGACCUCUUCACGAUAAUCGUUCGUUUUCGAUCACGCGCAAUCGCUUUGUCAGCCGAUGUCGAAAAAAUGUACCGCCAAAUUCGCCAUGAUGAUGACGAUCAUCGGUAUCUUCGCAUUCGGUACAGAGAAGAUCCGACUCAACCCAUUCAAACCUUCGAACUGCAAACGGUCACGUACGGCACCGCAUCCGCACCAUUUUUGGCGACUCGUACAUUGAAACAAAUUGCCUAUGACCAUCAGACGCUGUAUCCAAGGGCGGUCAACGCAGUUAUUCACGAUUUCUAUGUGGAUGACUUGCUAACGGGAACAGAAGAGGUGUUGGAUGCAAUCGAAAUGCGGAAACAAAUUUCUGAGAUGCUCAAUUCUGCUGGCUUCUCGUUAAAGAAGUGGGCAUCCAACAUGCCAGAGGCUCUCAAAGGCGUUCCACCAGGCGAUUUGGCAAAUCAUUCCACACAUGAGUGGAAAGAUCCACAAUCCGUAUCAACCCUGGGACUCGUGUGGGAACCAGCAGUUGAUAUGCUUCGGUUCCGGAUCGAUCUACCGCCGGCUGUGACGUGUUUGCGGUCAAGCAAAUCCUCAGAAAGGGCAUCAAACCUCUCACAGAUGCCAAUUCCGGAACUCAUUACAUUAGUACCACCGCUGACAAAGGAUGAGUUGGAGCAAGCAGAGUUGCGGUUAUGCCACCUAGCCCAGCAGGAUUCGUUCUCGGGGGAUAUUAUCGAGUUGGCAAACGGUCGAGAGUUGCCACGUAGUUCCAGGCUAAAGUGGUUAGCGCCAUUCAUCGAUCCGAUGGGAAUUUUACGUGUUGGGGGCCGGCUACGCCACGCACAAAUGGAAGUUUCGUCGAAGCAUCCGAUCCUGCUCUCUUCCAAACAUCAGUUAGCGGUAUUAGUGGCAGUGGCACACCAUCAUAAGUAUCUGCAUGCUGGUCCGGAAUUGUUAUUAUCCACGCUUCGUCAGCGAUUCUGGAUCAUUGGUGGACGCAAUUUGGCCAAGGCUGUUUUCCAUCGGUGUCACCAGUGCUUCAAGGCCAAACCAACACUGGUGAAACAAUCCGUUGCUGACCUACCGGCGUCCAGGGUUUCACCGACAAGGCCCUUUUUGGUGAGUGGCAUCGACUACUGUGGGCCGAUUUACCUGAAGUCGACCGUACGCAACCGAAGUCCCACAAAGGCAUACAUCGCUAUUUUUGUGUGCUUUUCAACCAGGGCACUUCACAUCGAACUAGUAAGUGAUCUCACUACCGCAGCUUUCUUGGCAGCACUACGGCGUUUCGUGGCUCGUAGGGGAAAAAUAGCUGAACUGCAUUCAGAUAACGCCACCACAUUUAAGGGAGCUGCACACGAGCUUCAUCGCAUCUAUCAGAUGCUUAAGUGCAGCGAUCGCGAACGCAACGAGAUCUUCAACUGGUGUGCCAAUGAUGAAAUUCAGUGGAAGUUCAUCCCACCUCGGGCACCACACUUUGGAGGGCUGUGGGAGGCAGCGGUACGGUCCGCAAAACAGCAUAUUGUUCGCACGUUAGGAGUUGCGGGCGAGCUGAUUAAGGGAUGA